AUGGCAACGGAGCAGCCGCAGAGUACACCUGCAGACCUGAAGGUCGGCGGUGUCGCGCCUGAGAAGGACAAGAUGGCUGUCGAUGAACCUGCCGCAGAGACGGUCAACGGGCACAACAUGUCAGAUGAUGCUCCCAUCACCAACGGAAAGUCGCCGUCGCCCGAUCCUGCGUUGAAUCAGCAAGCGUUUGCGGCAAAUGGCGCUCUUUCCGCACAGUCGCCGCCGCCGAAGCCUGCCACGGAGGACACCGAGAUGGCCGACGUCAACGGAGUCAAGGAACCCGAGUCAAACGUAGAGCAAAAGUCGGAACAAGCGAAAGAUGCGAGUGAGGUGCAGGCACCAGCAAGCCCACCGAAAUCAGUCACGCCAAAACCCCCGGCAGUCGACGAAUCUAUGGAGAUUGACACAUCCACUGACAGGCCCGAUGUGUCGUCCAGCGCAGAGCACGCCGAGAGCACACAAGACACAUCUGCACUUGGCGACAGCGCUGUCGUCGCUUCGCCGCAGGAGCUGAGCCAGCCAGCCGACAUCUCUUCAAAGCUCGAUGGUCAGUCGCCUCCUGUCGAGUCGCAGCCGGAUGUUCCCAUGUCAGACCGUGCAGCCUCCCCGACUAAGGUGUCUAGAGAGCGCGACGACGAUGCGACAGAAGAGCCAUCGGCGAAGAGAACAAAGCUGGAGUCGGAGGAUGAUGCAAAAUCAGAGGCACAAGCUGAAAAGGCGGGGGAUAGUAUCGGCGUCGCUUCGGGACUCUCACCAGCACCAGCAGGCUCGGUAAAUGAGCACGCCGAUGAUGUACCGGAUGAUCAAGUCGUCAAUUCUUUCCAGAGCAGGGAAGUCCGAAAAGAGCUGGCGCGGGUGAAGAAGACAAAGAACGGUAUGAAUUUCCGUGCCUCGGUUGAAAAAUUGUGGCCGGCUAUUUGGGAGAACUAUAAGGCGGUCAUUAUCAACCCCGUUGACUUGUCCUUGUUCGAAGCAAAGUUCCGCGACGGAAAGUACACAACCUUUGGCGAGUUCAAGGCUGAUCUGGAGCUACUCUACAACAACUCGAUGAAGUUCAAUGGCCCUGAAAAUGUGGUUACUGUAGCAGCGUCUCGUGUACGAAGCGAUCUCUUGGGCAAGCUGAGCGAGAUCUCCAAAUUGCAGGAGCCAGCCAAGCUUGAGAAGGGCAAGGCGCAGCCGACUCGUCAUACUGAGCCCCGGGCUGCUACCCACCCCCGGCGCCCUUCCGAGUCGCAACCACGCGUAACCGCUUCGAGUCCGAAACCGAAGCCUGAAGUUGUUGCGGCCGCCUCGGUCACGUCUACUCCCGUGACCUCGUCAGCACCCGCAUUUGCGCUUCCGCCAAACGGAGUACCGCAGAUUCGGCGCGACUCCACACGUGACGAUGGCAAUAGGCCCAAGCGUCCCAUCAAGGCCCCGCCGAACCGUGACCCGGACUACUCGCAAAACGCUCGCAAGAAGAAGCUGGAGCCGGAGAUGAAAUUCUACGCUGAGAUCCUGACCGAGAUAAAGAAACCAAAAUACUGGGCACAGAAUCAGUGGUUUAUGGAACCUGUCGACCCUGUGGCACUCAACAUCCCAACUUAUUUUAGCGUUGUCAAGAAGCCUAUGGACUUGAAGACUAUCACCGACAAACUCGACAGCGGAGAGUAUCGCAACGGCAAGGAGAUCGAGAAGGACGUGAAGCAGAUCGUCCUCAACUCUGAACUCUUCAACGGUGAAGGAGCGGUCACCGCACAGGCUCGGGAUCUCGAGAACGUCUUCAAGGAGAAGCUUGCCGAUAAGGAGACAUGGAUGGCGCGCAACUAUCCUCCACAGGCACGAUCAGUAACAACUUCAGUACACAGUCCCGAGGCUAGUGACCAGGAGUCUGAUGUGGAAACCGAUGCUGAAGCCGACGCCAACUCGGAGUCCAUCCGCAACGUGACAUCUAGGCUCACCGAGGAGCAAGAGAAGCUCAACAACAUGAUCUUUGGGGCUAAGAGUCCGGAUAAAACCAUGGUUGAGAUACAGCAGAAUGUUGUGAAUAUGCUGCAGCUGAAACUGGUCGACGAGAAGUGCAAAGCUGGUACCACCAAGAAAGCCAAGCCCUCCAAGAAGGCCUCAGCAAAGGCAAAGUCCAAGCCUUCAACAUCCACGGGAGGGGCCAGCAGUAAGAAGGGGGCCAGUGGUGCUGCUGCACCGUCGAGUAAGAAUCGACCGGCGACUAAUAAGAAGUCCUCGAGUAAGAAGAAGACGAUUGGCCAGCUAGAGAAAACCGUCAUCACCGAUGGUAUCUCUGAGCUCGAUGGGCCCACACUCGACAAGGCCGUGGACAUUAUCAAGAAGGACACACACCAAAAGGAAGAUGACGACGGUCAGCUCGAGCUCGAUAUCGAAGUGCUCUCGCAAGAUGCGUUGCUCAAGCUGUUUGAGUUGAUCAACAGAGCCUACCCCAACAUCUACGAGGGCGUGGCGAGGCGACCCGAGUACAGCAAUCGUACCGAGCCAACGGAGCACACUUCGAAAUCAUCCGGAAUUGCCAAGCCGAAGAAGAACAAGCCCAUGAACAAACAUGAACAGGAACGCAACAUUGAAAAGUUGCGAGAACUUAAGGCUCAGUUCCAGCGCCAGGGUAGCGGAAGUCAAGAACCCGUACCCGAGGAGGAUGAGCAGCGUGCAGGUAACUCGAGCGAGGAGGAAAGUGACUCCGAGGAAGAAUAA